AUCGCGCAAUCGUGGCGUGAUCCUCCGUCGUGAACUUCAAACGGGGCGCUCGUGCGAUAACGAGUUUCGGCCUGUGCAUAAAUAUUUUUUUUUUUCGAUAACGAAACGUUAAUUUGACAUCGACCGAUUGCGCGUUAUUCGAUUUCACGAACGCUAUUGAGAAUGGAACGAAAUCUGGAGAAGACACUGGACGACGCAUACAACGAGGAAGGCAUUAUUGGCUGCAUCUUGGCAGAUCAUGCUGGUCUCUGUUUGGGAGUUAAAGGUAAUGCAUCGAGUGACAGUGCUGGUGUGAUAGCAGCCAUAGCCGAUCAAGUUGCAAAACUAGAGCCUAGAUCUGAAAUACCUAUCAUAUCGCUCCAAAAUGAUAACAAACAAUGUAUCAUACGUCGAAAAGAUCCUGUAGUUGGCGCUAUAUAUAAAGAUGUAUCAACUUGAGAAAAUUAUUGUUGUAUAUAACACAACAGAAGCUGACUUAUAUCCUUAAAAUAAGAUGUUUAUAUGAAAAUUUUCUAUUAUUUAUAGGUGUAAAAUUUAUGAUUUUUAUUAUAGUUGUAAUAUUAAUGAAUGAUUAUUACUCUUGUGCCGUGUGUAGGAAUUGUUUUAUAUUGUGGCUGUAAGAUUGUAGAAAAUAAUAUUUAUAUAUUAUCAUCUUUUAAUAACAUUUACACAAGAACUCCCGCAAUGGAUCAUGUCUCUCGCGUCGCAAAGAAAUUUGUAAUUUUAAUUUACACAUAAAUCAUAAAAUAACAACAUAAACACA